AUGGCGAAGCACAUCAUUUUCGGCAAUACUGCUCAGCUAAACCGCUUGGGCACGUGGGAUUGGACCUUCUACGUUCGGCCCGCAGAUUUUGUCGAAGAGGUUGUCGUCACAUUGCAUCCAACCUUCGCGAAUCCAGUGCGCAAUCUGCAAGGGCCCAAACUGGAGCUGCAAUGCAGUGGUUGGGGUACCUUCGAGUUGAAGGUGGACAUCUGUUGGCGAGGUGGAGGACGGCUGCAGACAACGUGGAAAUUGAUGUUUGACCCGGACCAAUCAGACUUCAAUAACGAGAUCGAGGUCCCCGCCGAGGCCGCAGAGAGCGCCAGGCCUGCCCUGCUGGCGCAGCUGGCCGCGGCCCCCGCCGUGGACCCCGGCGGCGACCCGCGGGGCCGGGCCUGGCAUGGCCGGCUCGUGCGGCAGGAGCUCCCCAGGCCGAGGGCCACCUGGGAGUCGAGGCGGCGGCCUCGAGAAGACAACACGGCAAGGUUGACGUGCCUGAGUGGCUGA